AUGAGUUCCUGUGUGGAAAAAAAAGUUGAUGUUCGAAGACGCAUCUAUUCUCUACUUGGACGAAUAAAAGAAUCUGAUGUUGUAAAACAUUUUCAAGUUGAAGGUAUUUCACGAUCAACAAUUUAUCGUACCAUACAACGUUUCAAAAGUGGUCUGCCAUGUGACGACAAGCCAAGAAAAGGUCGUCCAACAAAAUUGAAGAAGAAGCAGCAACGAAAAUUGAAAAAGUUGGCUGAAAACCGUGUUGGUAUCAGCCAAAGAACGUUGGCUUCGAAAUUUACCGUGUCAAAGACGUGUAUUCAAGAGAAUUUGAAGAAACUUGGCUUAAAACACUACAAGCGACAACGUGCACCAAAAUACAGUGAAAAACAAAUGGAACAAAUACCGAUCAAGUGUCGAAAAUUACGUCGAGAAAUCAUGGAUUCCGAAACUUUCAUCAUUGUUGAUGAUGAAAAGUAUUUUACAUUUUCAGGUGUUAAUAUGCCCGGAAACGCCGGAUUUUAUUCUUCUGACAAAGAAACUGCUCCACCAGAUGUAAAGUACAAAUCAAAACAAAAAUUCGAACCUAAAAUAUUGGUCUGGUUGGCAUUAUCCAGCAAAGGCAUUUCGGCACCAUACAUUGGAACAACGAACGGACCAGCGGUUGAUGCCCGCGUCUAUAUUGGAAAAUGUUUACCAAAAUUGAUUAAAUUUAUCAAUGAACAUCAUAUUGAUGAUAAAUAUAUCUUUUGGCCGGAUCUAGCUAGCUCACAUUAUGCCAAAAAGACAACAGACUGGUUGAGCGAACAAAAAGUACCAUUUGUGCCAAAACAUGUCAAUCCCCCAAAUGUUCCAAAGGCCCGACCAAUUGAAGAUUUUUGGGGAAUAUUGGCUCAGCAGGUGUAUAGUGGAGGUUGGACAGCUAUGAAUCAAGAACAGUUAAUCAAUAGAAUCAAAACACAAUUGAAAAAAGUUGAUUUGAAUGUCGUCCAAACCAUGAUGAAAGGUGUUCGUCGAAAAUUACGAAAAAUUGAAGACAAAGGACCUUUUUCUAUUUUGUGA